UAUGUCGCUCAUAUGCCAUCAUUAACUAACCCCUCCAAAUCCCUCUUCCUCUCUAUUUAAUCUGACCUACCUACCUCAAUUCUUUUUUCUUGAAAAGUUUUCUGAUCAACUCUCAAGGAUUUCCCCAAAACUGCCAAUAAAAAUAUCAUAUUUAGUAAUACAGACCCAGCAUAAAAAUGGUCAAGGUUGGUAUUAACGGUUUUGGCCGUAUCGGCCGUAUCGUCUUCCGAAAUGCCGUCGAGCACGGCGACAUCGAGAUUGUCGCUGUCAACGAUCCCUUCAUUGAGACCCACUACGCCGAGUACAUGUUGAAGUACGACUCGACACACGGUAUCUUCAAGGGAACCGUUUCCCACGAGAGCGAUGGCCUCAUCGUCAACGGCAAGAAGGUCAAGUUCUACCAAGAGCGUGACCCCGCCAACAUCCCGUGGAGCGAGACUGGUGCUGAGUACAUCGUCGAGUCAACUGGUGUUUUCACCACCACUGAGAAGGCCAAGGCCCACUUGAAGGGUGGUGCCAAGAAGGUCGUUAUCUCUGCCCCCUCUGCUGAUGCCCCUAUGUACGUUAUGGGCGUCAACGAGAAGACCUACGACGGCAAGGCCGACGUUAUCUCCAACGCUUCCUGCACAACCAACUGCCUUGCUCCCCUCGCCAAGGUUAUCCACGACAAGUUCACCAUCAUUGAGGGUCUCAUGACUACUGUCCACUCUUACACCGCCACACAAAAAACCGUCGACGGUCCCUCCAACAAGGACUGGCGAGGUGGUCGUACCGCUGCCCAGAACAUCAUUCCCAGCAGCACUGGUGCCGCUAAGGCCGUCGGAAAGGUUAUCCCUGAGUUAAACGGCAAGCUUACCGGAAUGUCCCUACGUGUCCCCACUUCCAACGUCUCCGUUGUCGACUUGACUGUCCGUCUCGAGAAGGAUGCUUCUUACGAUGACAUCAAGGCCACCAUCAAGGCCGCCGCUCAGGGUCCUCUUAAGGGAAUCCUCGACUACACUGAGGACGAUGUUGUCUCUACCGACUUGAACGGUAACACCAACUCUUCGAUCUUCGAUGCCAAGGCCGGUAUCUCCCUAAACAAGAACUUCGUCAAGCUUGUCAGCUGGUACGACAACGAGUGGGGUUACAGCCGACGUGUCCUCGACCUUUUGUCUUACAUCUCCAAGGUCGAUGCUGGCAAAUAAAUUUCUAAACUCUAA